UCCAUAUUUGUAGGUCUCUCUCUCUCUCUCUCUCUCUCGCCACCGUGCUCAGCGUGUGGGCAAAUACUGUGGUCUCUCACUCUCCAGCUAACUACAGAAGCGUCUGGAACCCUGAGCUCCGCCGCUCCCCUUGAAUCGCCGAUCACAAUGUUAGACCAUUGCUGCUUCCUGGCGCUGGUAACGGUUCUGGGAGUUUUGGAACAAGCUUAUUUCUCACUCCAGGUCAUCUACGCGAGGAGGAAGUUCCACAUCUCUCCACCCCGAACCAGUGGCAACGAGGACUUCGAGAGGGUUUACCGAGCACAAACCAAUUGCACUGAGUAUUUCCCAAUGUUCCUGAGCAUUCUGUGGAUUGCUGGACUCUUCUGCAGCCAGGCGAUGGCGGUAUGUGUUGGAAUCCUGUACCUGUACAGCAGGUACAAAUAUUUCAAAGGCUAUGCUGAAUCAGCCCAGAACAGGUUGCCCCCGAUGUACUUCAGCGCAAAGAUGCUCUGGAUUCUGGUGGCCAUGGCUUCAGCUGGUGUCCUGAACCAGCUGUCUUCCCAAUACUUGGGCUACAAUCCUGGAGCAAAGGCAAAGUCUCUCCUGGGUUUCUGAGUAGCAUCCGGGCCAUCUCUUUGUCAGCUGCUGGUGAUCACUUCACGCACCCAGCAAUAUGGCGAUUCCUCUGGAGAUUCGUGCUUCUGAUUCAGGCUGAAGAUGAUGAGGCGGCCUCUCCAAAUGUUAACGGGACUGACUGAUCCAACCUUGGACUUGUGUUGACUCCUCUUUGACCAAGAAACUGUCCAGGCAUACAGUGCCCUCCAUAAUGUUUGGGACAAAGACCCAUCAUUUAUUUAUAUGCCUCUGUACUCCACACUUUGAGAUUUGUAAUAGAAAAAAAAAUCACAUGUGGUUAAAGUGCACAUUGUCAGAUUUUAUUAAAGGCCAUUUUUAUACAUUUUGGUUUCACCGUGUAGAAAUUACAGCUGUGUUUAUACACAGUCCCUCCAUUUCAGGACACCAUAAUGUUUGGGAUACAUGGCUUCAUAGAUGUUUGUAAUUGCUCAGGUAUGUUUAAAUGCCUCAUUAAUGCAGGUAUAAGAGAGCUCUCAGCCCCUAGUCAUUUCCUCCAGUCUUUCCAUCACCUUUGGAAACUUUUAUGGCUGUUUAUCAACAUGAGGACUAAAGUUGUGCCAAUGAAAGUCAAAGAAGCCAUUAUGAGACUUAGAAACAAGAAUAAAACUGUUGGAGACAUCAGCCAAUCCUUAGGCUUACCAAAAUCAACUGUUUGGAACAUCAUUAAGAAGAAAGAGAGCACUGGUGAGCUUACUAAUCGCAAAGGGACUGGCAGGCCAAGUAAGACCUCCACAGCUGAUGACAGAAGAAUUCUCUCUAACAUAAAGAAAAAUGCCCCAAACACCCGUCCGACAGAUCAGAAACACUCUUCAGGUGUGGAUUGGUCAAUGAUCAUUGUCCACAGAAGACUUAAUGAACAGAAAUACAGAGACUACAUUGCAAGAUGCAAACCACUGGAUGGCGCAAAAAUAGGAUGUCCGGGUUUUAGUUUGCCAAGAAGUGAUUAAAAGAGCAACCACAGUUCUAGUAAAAGGUCUUGUGGACAGAUGAGACAAAAAUUAACUUAUAUCAGAGUGAUGGCAAGAGCAAGGUAUGGAAGAGAGAAGGAACCUCCCAAGAUCCAAAGCAUACCACCUCAUCUGUGAAACAUGGUGGUGGGGGUGGUAUGGCCUGGGCAUGUAUGGCUGCUGAAGGUACUGGCUCACUUAUCUUCAUUGAUGAUACAACUGCUGAUGGUAGUAGCAUAAUUAAUUCUGAAGUGUAUAGACAUAUCCUAUCUGCUCAAGUUCAAACAAAUGCCUCAAAACACAUUGGCCGGCAGUUCAUUCUACAGCAAGACAAUGAUCCCAAACAUACUGCUGAAGCUACUAGGGAGUUUUUCAAAGCUAAAAAAUUGUAAAUUCCUGAGUGGCCAAGGCAAUCACCCGGUCUGUACCCAAUAGAGCAUGCCUUUUAUACGAUGAAGAGAAAACUGAAGGGGACUAGCCCCAAAACAAGCAUAAGCUAAAGAUGACUGCAAUACAGGCCUGGCAGAACAUCACCAGAGAAGACACCCAGCAACUGGUGAUGUCCAUGAAUCGCAGACUUCAAGCAGUCAUUGCAUGCAAAGGAUAUGCAACAAAAUACUAAACAAGAGUGAGUUAGAUGUGGCCCUUGUGGCUAAGGGGAUCAGGGGGUAUGGAGAGAAGGCAGGUACGGGAUACUGAGUUGGAUGAUCAGCCAUGAUCAUAUUGAAUGGCGGUGCAGGCUCGAAGGGCUGAAUGGCCUACUCCUGCACCUAAUUUCUAUGUUUCUAUGUUUCUAUGCAACAAAAUACUAAACAUGAUUAUU